CUCUUAGUGUUUGUCCCACACACACACACACACAUGAACACACACAGGGAGACAGAGGUAGACGGGCAGAAGAGGAGGACGCGUGGAGAGGAGAGAAGAAGUCAGAUUUGUUUCGAUUGUUUGGCCUCCGCAGAGAGUUUAGGCAGAAGCAGCUGUAAUUUGCACACGUGCGCCGCUUUCGCUCGGUGUUAUUACUGAGGGCUGUUGUUUGGGGCGAGGUUGCCACGGUGACAGGCGAGCUGGACGGUAGGAGGUUGUCGUCCGAAGCAGACAUGACUCUGCUGGACGGCACAGGAGCCAGGAUCUCUGGCUGCUGGUCGCUGAGGUCAGACUGCAGUGGCAGUGGGGAGGACUCGUUGGACCGGCUGCUGCCCCCCCCCGGGGCCCCUCGCAGGAAGAGCACCACCUCCCUCAACACAACGGAGCCUCCUCUGCUGCGCACAAGCACACGCACCAUCUACACCGCCGGCCGACCUCCCUGGUAUGACGAGCACGGAGCUCAGUCAAAAGACGCCUUUGUCAUCGGCUUGUGUGGGGGCAGCGCCUCAGGAAAGACCACCGUGGCCAAUAAGAUCAUCGAGGCUCUGGAUGUGCCGUGGGUCGUGCUGUUGUCUAUGGACUCUUUCUACAAGGUUCUAUCUCCGGAGGAACAGACCCUGGCGGCGAGCAACGACUACAACUUCGAUCACCCCGGGGCGUUUGACUUCGAGCUGCUGGAGGCCACCCUCAGGAAACUGAAGCAAGGCCGGAGUGUGAAGAUCCCGGUGUACGACUUCAACACGCACGGACGGCAGAAGGACUGGAAAAAUGUUUACGGUGCCAGCGUAAUUAUAUUUGAAGGAAUUAUGUCUUUCGCGGACAAAGAGCUCCUUCAGCUCCUGGAUAUGAAAAUCUUUGUGGACACAGACUCGGACAUUCGACUGGUCCGCCGGCUCCGCAGGGACAUCACAGAGCGCGGGCGGGACAUCGAAGGCGUCAUCAAGCAGUACAACAAGUUUGUGAAGCCGGCCUUUGAGCAGUACAUCGAGCCGACCAUGAGGCUGGCGGAUAUCGUCGUGCCAAGAGGUGGAGGGAAUAUGGUGGCCAUCGAUCUUAUAGUCCAGCAUGUUCACAGCCAGCUGGAGGAGCGUGAGCUCAGUGUCAGGGCUCUGCUGGCCUCGGCUCAGCAGACGCAGCCUCUGCCUCAGACGCUCAGCGUGUUGGAGAGCACGCCGCAGGUCCGAGGCCUGCACACCAUCAUCAGGAACCAGGAAACCACUCGAGACGAGUUCAUCUUCUACUCAAAGAGAUUAAUGCGGCUGCUGAUAGAACAUUCUCUCACUUUUCUACCAUCUCAGGCGUGUGUAGUCCAGACUCCACAGGGCCAGGAGUACCAGGGCCGGAGCUACAACGGCAGAGGGAUCACCGGUGUGUCCAUCCUGCGGGCAGGAGAGACCAUGGAGCCCGCCCUGAGGGCCGUGUGCAAGGACGUCCGCAUCGGCAAGAUCCUCAUCCAGACCAACCUCGACUCAGGCGAACCAGAGCUGCAUUACCUGCGUCUGCCCAAAGACAUCAGUGAAGAUCAUGUCAUCCUAAUGGACAGCACAGUGUCCACCGGCGCUGCUGCCAUGAUGGCAGUCCGAGUCCUGUUGGAUCACGAGGUGCAAGAGGAGAAGAUCAUGUUGGUGUCGCUGCUGAUGGCAGAGCUCGGGGUUCACUCUGUAGCCUACGCCUUCCCCAAGGUGAAGAUCAUCACCACGGCUGUGGACAAGAGUCUGGAUGAUAAUUUACAUGUAAUUCCUGGUAUCGGGGACUUUGGGGACCGGUACUUUGGGACGGACGGGUUGGACACCUGGAGCGAUGAGGAGGACGGAGACCAGCCGUCGCACUGACUCAAGCGUCCGUGAGCCUCCGUGAAAGAAAAUACAAACUCUACUUGAAAACUUCUCUCGUUGCUCAGCAGUCACAUUCACUUUUCUGUGCACUGUACGGGAACUUUUAUACUGUGUACGCAUGAGGGAUGUUUUGCUCUCAGAGGAUCACACAGGUCAAACAGUGCCAUUACCUUCGAGGUACAAUAAUGCAACAACAACAAUAUGCUUAUACACUAAAUUAAUUCAUUCUGGACUGAGUUGCACCAUAGACUGUAAAUAAAGAAGUGGAAGUUGUGAAUAUUGCAGCCAACCACCAGAUGGCGAUGUGGAUGCUUUGGCUUCACUUUUGGGAGCUGUCAUAUCUUGCAUCUUUACUCACAGUGAAUAUGGUUUGCAGCAGGUUUUCUUUUCAUAAAUCCAGGAAGUAUUAGUUAGUGGUUUAUUCAAUGAGGGUGCACCAUUAAAACUUAAGGAAUAUUGUGACUAGUUAGGACUCGAGUAAAGUGUGUAUGUGCUCUGUCUGUGUGCUUUGAGCUAACAUCAUGCUGACAUGGUGUAAAUCUGUGAAACUUGAAUGUAAUGUUUCUAUAUGAAGUGAACUUGAGCUACUGUACGACGACGCUGUGUUUAAGUUUUAGGAAUCGCUGGUGCAACCUGCUUAUGAAGAUGUUCUCAGGCCUUGUCUGCACUACUGUGGAUAUUUUUUGAACAUAAGCUUUCACUUCUUUCACUUUUUGUUUUUUUAAAAAGAAAUCUCGGACCACAUGACCUUCGUCCAAAAAACACAAAAAACGAUCACAAACGUUCCAACAAGCACGCCGAGCCACUAGGUGGCGAUAAAACCACAAAGCUGUUACACAGAAACAGAAUUUUUUAUUUGCAAUUUUGCAUUAGUGUGGACAGAGGCUCUAUCACACUUUAAAAUAAUGAACUCACAGUCAAAUAGUUGUCAGACAUGUUAUACUAUCAUAUAUUUAAAAGGGAAACUAUCACUUUCAAUAUAAUCGACUUCUUACAGGUUAACACUUGUGGAAAACGCCCAGUGAGCAUAUUGCAAAUCUUAAAUUCAGGGUGUGAAGAAGGAUUCAGAGAGAUUAUAUUCAGGGUUUAGUUUUCAGAGCUCACUGCCUCGUUCCACACCCUUUGGGAAAAAUGAGGUGCGGCCAUUAUAAAUAUAUGAACUGAUCGUGGGAGGUGUCGGACUGUCACAUGAUUCUUUCCCAUGCUCCUCUGACUCUCAGGUUCAGACCCAGGCCACCUUGCCUCCCGCUCUGCUGCACCUUAAAGCCUGAAGGGGUCAGUACAGCUCCCUCUUAGCGUCUCUGUGAUUCAGAGUGUGUGAGGAGUCUGUGUCUUUGACUCCACGUAGGAACGCACACGGACUCACCUGCAUCACUUCUGUUGCACAAGUUCAAAUAAUGCUGAUGUGAUGUGGCGAGAGGCGGAUUUUUUUUGCAGAAAUAGAAACGUCCCUGUGGUUCUUGGGUUCUUGGGUUUGCACCAAACGAGCUGACGCAGACUGCAACUGUGGUGACGCCCGGUCAGAAACAUGUAAGGUGGAGAUGUCGAUGUCAUUUCAGGUUACACGUUGAGCAGUAAAAAAACCUUGAGCCUCUGAGUUUCUGCUCCCUCUUGUGUUCUCACUGUUGACUCCACACACACACACACACAGACACACACAGGCCUCAUGAUGCCUGUUAGAAGACCGAGGCUGGUAAUGAUAUUAUUCCCUGGCCAGUUUGUGACCUUAUGCUCAGUAUUAUCUCCUCUGUAAAAUUGCUCCUGUGAUUCUUUUACUGACUCUGACAAUAACAUCCAUGUCAUCAACCCUCUCAA